AUGUAAUUCCUUGCAAAAUACAACACUCUUCUACAGUAAUCCCCUCUCUUGACAAAAUCAGUGACCGGAGGCUUUAUGUUUUUUGCAGGAGAUGCAGUCGUCUAGGCUAUGGAAGCAUAAAUUGCUAAGAAGAAUUAAUAGGCCCAUUAAUAUGACUUCAGAAGGUUGGGGAUAGCUUGGCUUAUGGGAAAUGUAUUCAUGAUGCCUCUAUUUCACUAUAAUUUCACUUAUGCUUUGCCAUGGUUAGUGAAAAGAUUGCCUUUUGAUACUUCAACGCCAUUUAGAGCAGCAGUGGGAUCUGUUCUUAUUGAUUAAUCAGUGUGGGCAUGCUACAUAUUGUGCCAUUACUUGAUGAUAAUUAAUGUAUUAGAGAGCGGUUCUGUGUAGAAAGGAGUUGAUGCAAUCAAGAAUAAUUUUGUAAAGGCCAUGAUAACCAAUUGGUAAAUUUGGCCUGCUGCUUAGAUUAUUAAUUUUUGGUUGAUCCCCAGACAUUACCAAGUCUUAUGGGUCAAUUUCGUAGGAUUCUUUUGGAAUAUUUAUUUAAGCUACAUUUCACAUAAUUGAAAUUGUUAUACAAUAUAAAUGUUCAUAGAAUAAUCAUUAUAAGUUUUCAUUA